GUUUUUCCAAGACUCCGAGUUGAAAACCUGUGACUAUGAACCGCAACGCGUACCUACAAUGCAAAUACAUUUAUACUUAUAUAUAAUACCUACGGCUACACGGGUAAUGGCCGACAAUAAGCGAGACACUCAAGACGAUAUUAUUUUUUUUCGUGCGUUUACCGCAGGAAUGCACCUUGUUUUUUUUUUCUCGAUCGUAACUAUACACCUACACAGUUAAUACAAAUAUAACGAAAACACAAACUAGGCUAAUUCAACGGACGGCGACGCCGUUAUUACAUAACCGCCGACCGAUAUUAUAACCUCUCUUCCUGGCUUCGCGAUACCUAUACCCACCGCGCGGAUACUGUUUUUUUUUCUUCUCGUUAACUAUUAUAUUUUCUUUUACUUUUUUUGUUAUCGAGUUCUGCCGCCGUUACCGGUAUGCCAGUGUUAACCAAACCGUUUAAAUGACCGGACCGCGUUCGUGUCCCCACAGCGGUUGCCGAUACGACGACCACGACGGCAAAAAAGUGCGUGACGUUGUUCUUGCAGGUGAAGUCGAAAACAGUGAGAAAAAUCGAAACCUGACCAAUCAGCGGCGGCGGCGGCGGCGGCCCACUUUUCGGGGUUUGAUUGUUGCGCAGAGGACUGCUGUUGUAGCUGCUGCAGGAUACACUAUAUACACACGACAAGCAUUAUACUAUUAAUAUAUAGGCGACAGCUAAGACUAUAUGCCAACCUACGCAGAUAUAUGGACUUCGAAACAUCGUACCGAAACUCCGCGGCCGCGCGCGUGUGUGACGUUCGUUUCGUAUGGCUAAUGUUAAUAGCGGUGGUCGCGGAAUGCACUGGCUCGGAACGCACUACACUGCAACUAUCCAAUUAUUCUAGUGGAUAUUACCCGCAACAUUUCGUUCUGAUCGACCCUUGGGUGUCGCCGUCGUUGAAAAAUACAAAUGUAGCUGUUUACAAGAAAAAUAAUGGUAAAUCAGAAGAAUCGAUAGGAGGUAUAAAAAAAGUUGAUGCAGAAAAACACAAAAGCGGUAAACUCUUUAAUGAAAAGAAAUCAACAAAUUACAAAGAAGAUAAGGGAGAUGAUGACAAAUAUAAUGAUAAAGGAGGCCAUGCUGGAGAAAUACAUACGCAUGGAGGUAAAAAGAAAGAAGCAUCAUACAAGAAAGGCGACAAAGGGAAAAAAUUUAAAACUAAAAAAGGUUUUCGAGAUAAGUAUCACAAAAAUGAAAAACAUAAAGUAAAUGAAUACUGGGACAAUUAUGAAACAUAUGGUACGUUUAAGAAGUUUGGAAAAAAAGGAGACAAAAAGUUGUUAGGAAAUAAGAAAAGCAAGAAAAAUAAAACCAAAAAAGGAGGCCAAUCAAAUAAAGAAAACCAUAAUAAAGGAGAAACAAAACAUAAGUCUGGAAAAAAAGGAGAAAUUGGGCAUAAAGAAGAAAAACAUAGUGACACUCAUUAUAAUCAUAAGUCUAAAUAUCAUAAAGGAAAAAAAUCUAAAAAAAACCAUAAGAAAAAUACAUAAAACAUGUUAACAUUUUAAUGAAAAAUUAUUACAAUAAGUAUAAAAUAUUAU